CGCUUCCGUCCUUCCUCUUCGUUCGCCCUCGUUCUCCAAUGAGCCAGAACAGCAAGAGACGUCUCAUUCUAACCGCGCUCAGCGAUGACCGAGCGACACAAGCCGACGUACAAGCGACACCCCGCCACGGGCUGGGUGUUUCCCCGAGACGGUUUCGAAUGGGCUGGCUUUGAGGCCGCCUGCCGACACCCGCUGUCCCCCAAGGACAUCGUGCUGAUGACCUACCCCAAGUCCGGGACGACCUGGGUGCAGCACAUGCUUUACCUUCUGGUAAGGGACAUGGUCCCCGUACCGGGAGGACGUCGACUGGACAGCUUCGUACCUUACCUGGAGAAAGGAGGACUGGACUUGCUGCGGGGACUGGACCUGUUUCCCCAGCCCAUCAAGACUCACCUGUCUUUCACGGUGAUGCCGUGGAGCGAAAAGCCGCGCUACGUCCUGGUGUUCCGCAACCCGAAGGACGUCUGCGUGUCCCUGUACCAUCACGUGCGUGGGUUCUCUCGGUAUUACCACUUUGACGACGGAUGCUUCGAUGACUUCUUCGAAGAGUUUAUGGAGGGCAACGUGGACUCUGGAGACUAUUUCGAUCACCUGCUGUCACUGUGGAGCCGUCGAGAAGAGUCCAACGUGCUGGUGCUCACCUACGAAGAACUCAGGGCGGAUCCACACGCGGGUGCCCGACGUCUGGUGGAUCACGUCAGGUGGGACACCAUGAGCACUGGGGAUGGCUUCAUAACGAGUUUAUAGGGUUCGUACUCGUG